AUGGCAUAUUCUCCGUAUAAAACUUCCAAGAAACAGUGGAAAUCAUUCGGAUCAAUUCCUGUUAGCUCCACUUCUUUGGAUCUUGAGGACUUUCCAAAAAGAAUAGUCUUGAAAUAUAUAGAUUGGCCGGCGAGUUCCUCUCCUUUCACUCCGACUAUUUCUCUUUUCUCUGCGAAUUUCAAGGAAGGGCAAAUGAAAGAAAUUGAAAUCAAAGAAGUUUCUUAUGAAGAUUUUGGACUUCUCUGCAGUAGUUUCUAUCCAAAUCCACAAUUUCCGAAUGAUAGUACUUCUGAGAAACUUCAUGAGAUGGCUAGCCGUUUUCAAGUGUCAUCAGUUGUUGGAAACGUUGAAUAUCAUCUUCUUAACAAUUCAAAAAUUGGAUAUGAGAGAAUGUUAUGGUUUGCUGAUGAAUACCAAAUGCCGAAGCUUCUGGAGAAGUGUAUCAGUCAAAUGAACUCACUGGCGAUGGCUAAGAAAUUGGAGAAGUCUCCGGAAUUCGAAAAGUUAUCAGAUAGAACUACACAGGUCCUGGGCGCGCAUACGCAUAAUGGAUGGGCGACGGAGGACGCGCCGAUGAAUUGGGUACAGGGAAAGGACGCCGGUAUGGGGCAUAUACGGGGCAUAUGGGGCACACCGCCGCCGCAAAGCAUCUCCUCGCCUGGCUUGCUGGCACUCGAUGAAAUGAACUAA